AUGCCGUGUGAGAAGAAGCCGAUGCGUUACGGUCACUCUGAGGGUCACACAGAGGUCUGCUUCGACGACACCGGGAAGUUCAUUGUGACGUGUGGUAACGAUGGAGACGUGAGGAUCUGGGAGGGUCUGGACGACGAUGAUCCUCGCUUUAUCACCGUGGGAGAGAAGGCCUACUCUCUCAGCCUGAAGGGUGGGAAGCUGGUGACGGCGAGCUCCAACAACACGGUGCAGAUCCACACGUUUCCAGACGGAGAACCGGACGGGAUCCUGACACGCUUCACAACCAACGCCACCUGUGUGACUUUCAACAGCAGCGGGAGCAGAGUGGCAGCAGGCGCCAGUGACUUUCUGGUGAAGGUGGUCCGUGUUGGAGACAGUAGUGACCAGAAGACGCUCCGAGGACACGAGGCUCCGGUUCUGAGUGUGUCCUUCGACCCCAAAGACCAGCUGCUGGCCUCGUCGAGCUGCGAUGGUUCUGUGGUCGUGUGGAACAUCGAGGACCAGAGUCAGGUGACCCGCUGGACUCUGCUGCCCAAAUCCAACGACGUUUCAAAUGCCAAGAGCCUGUGUCGCCUGGCGUUUCAACCGCUCUCCGGGAAGUUGUUGGCAGUUCCUGUUGAAGACAAAGUCCACCUGUACGAGCGAGACACCUGGAGUCAUGUGACCACGCUGUCGGACGACCUCCUCUCUCAGCUGGUAAAUGUAGUUUCCUGGUCUCCGUGUGGGAAGCAUUUGGCGGCGGCCUCAGUGGGUGGAGUCAUCGUUAUCUGGGACGUCAGCUCCAAACUGUGUCUGGAAAGGCAGAAGCACGAGAAGGGCUUCACCGUCUGCUCUGUGGCCUGGAGUCCGUGUGGGUCUCAGCUGGUCUACACCGACACCGAGGGCUGUGUUGGGCUGCUGGAGAGAGUGUGUGAGAGGACCUCUGCACACAAGGCUCCACAGAACUCCGCGGCUGCAGACUUCGACGAUCUGUUCGAUGGAGAUGAUGAUGGACAGAUGGACGAGGGCGUGUCCCCACAGAGGCCCCGCCCCCCUGAGGACGAUGAUGUCAUCACCUCCACCGGCCGCGUUCGGAACAGAGCAGCGUUCCUUGACGAAGACAGUCUGGACACUGGGUCUCUGAAGCUCGGGGCUGGAGGGAAGUUUCCACACAAUGAUGAUGAGGAUGAUGAUGAUGGUGGCAGCUCUAUAGCGCCUCCCCCUGUUGCUCCUGUGUCACUGCAGCCUGUGUACGACGGACCUCUGCCCACCCCCCCUCAGAGAGCUUUCCAACCAGGGUCCACACCGGCUCACCUCACCCACAGAUUCAUGAUGUGGAACUCCGUGGGGAUCGUCCGCUGUUAUAACGAUGAACCUGAAAACUCGGUGGAUAUAGAGUUCCACGACUCUGCGGUCCACCACAGCAUGCACCUGUCCAACGCUCUGGGACACAAAAUGGCCGACAUCUCCCAGGAGGCCGUGCUGCUGGCCUGCCCCGGCUCGGAUCAGCUUGCCAGUAAACUCCUGUGUCUGCACUUCUCCUCCUGGGACACCUGUAAGGAGUGGGUGGUGGACCUCCCUUCAGAGGAGGACGUGCAAGCUCUUUGUUUGGGGCGGGGCUUUGUUGCCGUGGCAACGUCUGCGCUGCUGUUACGCCUGUUCUCCAUCGGGGGGCUCCAGAGGGAGGUGUUCAGCUUGAGCGGGAGCGUGGUCUGCGUGUGCGCACACGGAGACCAGCUGUGUGUGGUCUACCACAGAGGUCGAGGCUUCGAUGGGGACCAGGCCUUGGGAGUCCAGCUCAGGUCUUUGGGUCCCAGACACAGACUGAUCCUGGACCAGCCGCUGCCCCUGAGUCCAAACUCCCACCUGAGCUGGAUGGGCUUCAGUGCCGAGGGGUCCCUGUGCUCGGUGGACUCUCUGGGUGUAGUCCGGAUGCUGAACCGCAGUUUGGGAAACAGCUGGACUCCUGUGUGCAACACCAGAGACACCUCCAAGAGCAAGUCUGACCACUACUGGGUCAUCGCGGUGCACGAGAACCCUCCACAAGUGAGGUGUAUUCCUUGUAAAGGCUCCAGGUUUCCUCCCACUCUUCCACGCCCUGCAGUUGCCGUCCUGCCCUUUAAGAUCCCCCUGUGUCAGACCAGCACCGAGAAGGGACAGAUGGAGGAGCAGUUCUGGAGGAGUUCUCUUCUACAGAAUCAUUUCGGGUUCCUCUCAAGCAGCGGAUUCGAGAUCGAUGAAGAGGCUGAGAGCAGAGGCCUGAAGGAACAACAGGAGCUGCUGAUGAAGAUGUUUGCUUUGUCGUGUAAGUUGCAGCGUGAGUUCCGCUGUGUGGAGCUGGCCCACAUGAUGUCCCAGAACGCCGUGACUCUGGCCAUCAAAUACGCCUCUCGCAGCGGGAGGAUGGGGCUGGCCCAGAGGCUGAGCACCAUCGCCCUGGAGAAAGCCCAGGAGGAGGAGGAGCAGGAGGAGGAGGAGGAGCAGGAGGAGCCAAGAAGGUUCAAAGAAACUCCUAGACUCUGCGCUCGUCAGACUGAAGAAGGAGAAGGAGGAGGAGGAGAGGAGGAAGAGGAGGAGCCUCGGCCAAAGAAGCGUGUGAAUCCUUUUUCCAAAGACGCCGCUGCUGCUUCAGAGGAGUCAGUUCUCAAACCAGUGACCGUGUCCAGAGUUGCCCGCUCCAACCCCUUCAAGGUCUCCUCGGGGGCCUCUCCUGCUCAGCCUCGCGGCGCUAACAUCCUGGACACCAUCCCAAACAGGAAGUCCACUCCACUCUCCUCCUCCUCGUCUAAGUCCAAGCAGAGUCCUGUGCUGAAGCCCCUGGCCCCGAGAGCCAAGAGCAAGACCCAGUCCACUCUGCUGCAGCUUAAGCCCAAGAGGGGAGAACAAAGUGAAGAGAGACCAGACCCGAGACCAGACCCGAGACCAGAGCCGAAGUCCAGAGAGAAGUCCAGCGACCAGACCCCAAACCCAGAGGAGACUGAGAACAGGAGACCUCAGACCGGGUUCCAGCUUUGGUUGGAAGAUCACAGCAAGUCCAUUCUGGCCGACAGUCCGGACCUGGACCAGAGCGAGCUGAUCAAAGAGGCCAUGGUCCGAUUCAGGGCGCUGUCUGCGGAGGAGAGACUGACGUGGACAGAGAGAGCGAAAACGGCCAUGGCAGACGAGCUGAGGAAGAGGAAACGAGACGAGGAGGUAGGAGACGAGGAGGUAGGAGACGAGGAGGCCAGCGCCAAGAAGCCGAAGAGCGCGGGAGACAAGCUGUCGGCCUUUGCCUUCCACGCCGUGUGA